AUGCCUGAAGACCUUGACAGCGACGCGGACGCGUAUACCGCGCCUGCUGCGCAGGCAAGCUCCAGUGAAGCACAAACAGGAAAACCACAACCAUCUGAAGCCUCAUCUGCAGCAGGAGCCAAAGGCCAAGAGAAGACGAUAUCGUGUGUGUCGUGUAGGAGAAGGAAGCUGAAAUGCGAUCGGAUCAAGCCACAAUGCGGGACAUGCUCGCGACUACGACGUCAAUGCGAAUACCCAGAGCGCCGCAGAAACUUGGGCUCAAAGCGGCGGAAUAUGAAAGAGUUGGAAGAGAGACUUGCCCAGGUUGAGACCCGACUCGUUGCAGAACGGAAUAAUAUGGCACGCAAUACUCAAUACACUUCUGGUCAAGAUCUUGAAGCCGACUGGGACAAUCUCGCAGACAACAUGGAUAUGAGUUUGGGAGAUGGAGGGUUUUUCAAUGAACCGUUGAUUCUCGGUUCUUCCGGGACUGUAUUUCAAGCCCUUGCCCCCGGUCUCCCAUCGGAAGAAGAUCCUUUCUCCCAAGAGCUCAUAAGUCUUGGAGUCCAAGAACCUUUGCCCCCAGAAGAUUUGAUAAAUGAUUUGUACGCCAUAUUUUUCAACACGUUCCAUGUAUUUAUGCCUAUGAUCCACAAAGUGCGAUUCUUCGCAUCCUUGGAUCGUGCUCCCCAUAUGCGACCGCCUGUAUGCUUACUUUAUGCGAUGUGGACAGUCGCUGCAUCGAUGUCCGACGAGUACUCCUGUUAUGAAGAUCUCUUCUAUGAACGCACAAGAAGGUAUAUACAAGAAGCGGAGAUGAAGGGCCAUGGCGAAGCGUUUGUGAGCCUCUACCACGCCCAAACUUGGGGUUUAAUUGGAAACUAUGAAGCUAAAAAGACGUACUUUUCACGAUCAUGGAUGAGCAUUGGGCGGUUCGUUCGUAUGGUUCAUAUGCUAGGACUGCAUCGACUAGAUGGAGAAAGAGUGGACGUAAAGCAGAUAUUACCAGUGUCUCGAGACUGGAUCGAGCUUGAAGAGCGACGGAGGACCUUCUGGGCAGCAUUUUACGGGGAUCGUUGGGCGAGUUCGGGAACAGGCUGGCCUAUGACGAUCGAUGAAAGUGAGAUCUUGACAAAUCUCCCUGGAUCGGAAGAAGCGUUCGAGCAGGGGAUCGAACAGAAAACCAUCUCGUUAGAACAAGCGCUGGCCGCAGAAGGUGCAAGCCAUGUAAGUCCUUUUGGUGGGGUCGUUCUAGCAGCCGCUCUCUACGGACACAACUAUUACCACCUCCACCGGAAAGGUCCUGACGAAAACCCGGAAGACAUAUCCAAUGGCGAAUUUUGGAAGAGACAUCGAAAGAUGGACAACGUCCUCUCCAAUGUUUUUAUGUUUCUUCCUGACCAUUUGAGACUACCAUUUGGCCUUUCUGAUAUGAAUACGGUUUUUCUGCAUAUGAACAUACAUGCUUCUAGCAUAUGCCUUCAUAACGCGGCUGUCUUUACUGCCGAAAGGCACAAAACAGGAUCUACUAUUAUUCGGCAGAGUCGAACCCGGAGUUUGAUGGCAGCAGAUGAGAUUUCAAACAUCAUGCGUCUUGUCACUCAUGUCGAUGCUUCAAAAAUGAAUUCAUGGUGGGGUUUCUGUUUAUACAUUGCUGGCGGCGUUUUCAUCCAAGACUAUAAAACUGGAAGUCCUCGCCCUCAGACUUUGGCGAAUCUCGAAUUCCUCGUUGCCGCGAUGAAGGCACUCUCCAAAAGGCAUCCAGUCACCAAACAUUUUGUUGCCCAACUGGAGCUCGACAUUGAAGCCGGCGGAAUUCCUAUGCCCGGGCUUUCCAGCACACCCGAAACGCUCCAAAAGCUCUCUUCUGGAUUUCCCAACACCCCUAUGAAUGGAAUACUCGCCGAACGAAGGGGUGUCCCAAUGACGGUAGCAGAAAUCCAGAAUUUUAUACAAGAUCGGCGGGUUGCGCCUCAAACGUCGGUUGGCGAAAAUGUGUUUGCUGAUAACUUACCCGCACUCGGUAGUAUAAAAUUCCCCGAGGACACAAACUUUGGGAGCACGACAUAUGUAGAGAAUUUCUCGAGACAGCCUCUUGAGGCCAACAAUACAAACAAACGUGGGGCUCAUAUUAUUCCUCGCAUCCCGCCGAUUGUUCAGGGCGAUGACGGAUUUCAAGAUCUGUCUCCCCUGGCCAAUUCCGACUCAGGGGCGACACCUCCGUCCAGAAAUACACCAUCUUCUAACACCUCGAGUUCAAAUACCACACAGUUCCCAUAUAGACCAUCUGAGACUGAUAGUAGUAAGACAACUGCUCCCCCUCAGGUCCCUUGGCCGCCUACGGGAAACACUGCCUUCUUUUCGACCGACUGGAGAAUGGAUCCAGAUGAGCUCAAUGACUUCGCAAAUCAACAGGCAAUAGCGGACUCAGACGCAUUUCUAGACGAAACUAUCUGGAACCAUGAUUCUAGCCAUAGCUGA